AUGAAGGCAGCGUGGAAGACGAGCCAUGCGCCUGAUGGGCGCAUGUCCAGUCCCGCCAACAUGGAUCGCGAUCACCGUAGUAUCCGUGGGCGCAUAUCAGGCCCUAUACCCAUCGCAAGCUCCAUCGACAGCGACACCUUGGCCGACCUUCCCCUUCCGCCCGACGCCGCAGUUGCCAGGACGCUUACUCCGCCCAUGCUCGUCGAGGACAACGACGAAUCCCCGGAUCGGACCCCGGAAAGGAACAACAUGCCUUCGACUCCGCCAAGCGUCCUCUCGCGCCAUAUCCACAUUGCCCACGACUCGAAGCCCUCUAGUCGUGCCAGUAAUGCCAUCAGGGACGUGCACCCGCCCCGUGUCAUCCACCAGAUGGAUCAGUCUUCGGCAACCAUUCGCGCCUCGAUGACGAGCAACGGCACCGCCGAGACUUUCGAGGACAAGCCACAGCGGAGCAGGUCAAUGCUCAGGGGUGCCAUUGGGAAACUGUUCGGCCGUCGCAAGAAGUCCGUGAGCCAGAUAACUCCUUCUGUCAAGAGCAGCUACCGGCAGCCUCCCGAGACGUCUCCCCCGCAUAGGAGAAGUAAAUCGGAAGCUGUACCUGGCAUGAAUCAGAAGGGGCCUCUAAGCCGGGAACGUCCCGUGUCAGUACCUCUCCAGGAGCUAACUGAGCCUACGCGCUCAAGCCCCACGGGCAGCGGCAGGCUACAGAACGUCGACAGCACUAGGACCUCGUACGGUGCCGGACGUAACUUCUCCAGAGGCCGUGCUAGCACUUCGCCAUUCCGUCCUUUGGAAACACGCCCCGGGGAGCCUACCGGUCUGACACCUCGACCUGCGAGCAGCAGUGGGCGCAUCAACAAGGGGCAGUCCCAGGUGGAAAAUCCCGAGGAGAUUGGGCGUGCCAUUACCAUGGAUUCUACAGGUCUCAAGAGGCGGAGCCGGAGCCUAUCCGUGCUCUUUGACAGUGAUGGUGGGGCGAAUGAGAAGGUCGGUGUUGAAAACGAUAUCCGUUACUGGAGAAAGAGUUACGAGUCGGUGGACAGGUCUCAGCUCUCGACGGCACAUCAGGACGACGGAAACCACGUCAUUCAGCCGGUCGAGGAAGCGGGAAUGGAUAGGGAUAUGAAUGUUCAGGUGGAGGACGUGAAUGCGGAAGUGGAGGACAUAGAUAUGGAAGUGGAAGCACCACCGCCAGAGGCGCAUACCGAAACCGCAAACCCCAUAUUCGACAUGUCCUGCAUCAAUGAGCUCUCAGGGACGAAGCUUACCCAAGCUGCCAACACGCAGACUACCAUGCUGAACAUUGAGAGAAGGUUGGUCCAGCUGGAGCAGGAUGUGGCAGACCUGUCACAAAGCCAGAACCAGCCGGACCUGGACCCCGAUCAGUCGCCUGGUAAGGGCAGCUCGGCUGAGCGCAAUAAGAGGAACCGGACUCUCCCAUUACGAGACUCAGAUUCUUCGGCGCUGUGGUACAACGACAGCCAGACGGCCGCGUCUGUGGCAAAUUCGACCUCAACUGGCCGGCCACCGUCCAUUUCGACGAUCCGCGGCGCCGCGAGGGCUACCUCGAUGACGAGGGACAUAAACGGCCCCUUCACCGUGGACCACUACGCAACCCUGAUAUCGCUGCUGGAAACGGAGCGAUCUGCACGAGAGGCGCUCGAGGACAAGGUCAGGGGUCUGAACAACCAGGUCAUGCUCCUGUCCAAGGCCAUCGAUGCGGCGUCUCGCGGCGGCCUUGGCAAGGCGUCCAAGAUGUCCCUCGGCUCGGUCUUCAACGACGAUGACGACGGUGGCGUGGGAGUCGACGGUCACGACGACGAGCAACACGGGUACAGGACUAUACCGACCACAAGGCUUGCGGGAAAGCGAGUACGACACAGCGGUUCAGCCAGCAGCUCGCAUAUGGCGAACCACUCGGAGGCGGAAAGCAGUAUCAACACCCUUGAGAACGACGAGUCUGCCUCGUACUAUGCCACCCCCUACGAGUACGAGGACGACGCGGAAGACGAUGGUCGUCAGAACUAUGGGAACGUAAACGGAACCACCAAGGCGGACCGGACCAUGUCGCUGUCACAACUGACGAUGAAGUCGCCUGCCCAGGUGACACAUGACCCCCUGCCUUCUGAUGGGUGGCCUAGGAUCUUUGUUUAA